CAGUUUGUGCCACAUAUCCCUUCCAGAACUUGCCGUGCAAUUACACCGCACAUACAACCCGAGUCCUGCCGCGGACUUGUUUUUUUAUAUAUUUGUUAUUUUGACCGCUGGGAACUUUCUUUCAAAAUCGGAACGUAUCCACUGGCGGCUAACCGCUGACUUCCGACAUCGUUCCCUUGUUUUUGGACGCGGGUAACUUUGGGAGCUCCCGCCGCCAAUGAGCUCGGUGACGCGAGCCUCAGCGGGGAUUAGCCAAAACAAGCUAACGGAAGGAAUAGAAUGCAGAUGUUUGAUCAUGUCGCCUCGACAAAUCACUUUUAGCUUUGCCGCAAGGUUCUAAAAAGCUGACGAAGUGUACAGUUUGAGACUUUCAGCUGGAUUUAUGGAGCGACAUGGACAAGAGGCAUCGGUUGUUUUGGGGGUUAAGGGCACUACGGUAAUAUAGGCUCUGCGUUAAUUAGCCAUUACGGUAAUUAUGUUUGUUAUUUACGCGGGUAAAUAACAACAACAACGAUGAUGCAGCGGGUGUGUUAAGCUCCAGUCUUGGCUUCAUCAAAACAUGUCCAACGCGCAAAGUUCUUAUUUUGGUGUGGACGAUCCGCAGUGGCUAUGUAUGGUCACACUUUUUAUCGCUUCCCUGGUUACCCUGCUACUGUAUUUGGCUCAGUAUUUCCAACUAAGGGCAGCACGGUGGAGGAAGACGGCAGCGGAGGACAAUGCGGCGAAGGAGGAAGCCGCCUCGCUGCUGCGGUGGGCGCUGUCACUGAAUAGCUGGAAGAGUCAGUGGAGAGCAGCGUGGUGCAGCGCUUUGAACGCUCAAUCCAGGGAGAAGAGUGGGAAUCCAUUUCUUCUGACCUUCGAUGAAGAUGAUCUUGAAGCAUCAGAGUUUGUCGUCCAACAAGUGUUCCACUGUAAGAAGUCUGCGCAACAUAAGGCUGCUUGCUGCAGUGUGGUCAGUGACAAGCUGCAGUUUACUCUCCACGCCUUCCCGGCCACAUCUUCUGCUGAUUCUUCCAAAUAUACGGUCUGCAUAUCACCACUGGAGCUGCAGCUUGAUUUGCUGAUGCAGGAAGCUGACGAUGAAGUCAACGUAAGCUGGGGGGUUUCUCACCUGAAGAUGGGCGUGCUGCAAGUGACACCUGCUUCAUCGCAGGACGAUGUCAGCAAAACCUGUGUGGCAGAAGUAAAAGAGCAGUUGAAACAAGUGCUGUGUGCGACUUGUCCUUCUGUUUUAUUGAAUUGCAAGCCUGCUCAGGUCACUGAGCUCAAGGAAACGUGCAAUAGAGUGUUCUCACCCCCUAAACCCCCCCGUGCCCACGACUGGAAACUGCUGGUGAAAAACAUUUGUGUGGCGCUCAAUCUGCAGGAAGAUGUUGCAGGCAGCAUCAAUCCUGUAUGUGUGCUGCAGUUAGAUGACCCUCCACAGAAGUUUAAUACGUCUGUUUUAAAGAACACAACCAAUCCUGCAUGGGACCAUCCUUUUGUUUUUGAACUAAACGGACAAUCCAAAGAACUCAUUAUUCAGCUGAUGAAUGAUGCAUAUCAGCAUAAGGACAGCCUUCUAGGCCAGGUGUCAGUGCAUUUUGACCUCGUUAAGAAGCAGCCUAAGGGACAGCAAACAUUUUCCCUCAUGACCAAAGAUGUAAAGACUGGAUCACUUACUACUGAUUUUACCUACCUGGAUCCAAAUGAGGUGCGCUCCUGGCAGCCCCCGACCCCAGCUUCCACCAAGAGGGUAGAGAUGGACCGGACAGUCAUGCCCUGUGGCACGGUGGUCACCACCAUCACUGCAGUCAAGAGCAAACCAGGUCGACUGCUCCCUCCAGGACUCAGCAUUGAUUCUUUACAAAAAGCACUGGUACACAAGCCGAAGCUUUCAGAGCGACGUGUUUUAGAGCAGACGUCCCUGCUAGGAGCUACGGUUAGCAAGGUCUUGUCUUCUUCGGACACCGAGUUGCUGAUGCUCAACGGCACUGACCCGGUGGCUGAGGCCGCCAUCAAACAACUGCACCAGUCUGCCAAGCAGAAGCUCCGGUCACCUGUGAAGAAGAGUACCAUCAUCAUCUCCGGGAUUGCAAAAACACCAAUGUCCCAAGAUGAGGAGCUGGCUCUGAUGGCAGGCUAUGCAGCUGCCAUGGACGCCUCAAUGUCAGACGGGAGCUCCACUCAGGAUGUGACCACAGCGAUCAUGUCAGGGAACAGCAGUCCUCCAGAGAUGUCCGAACACGAGGAGGGGCCAGGUGGCAUGGGCGGUCCCCCUGAAGACUGGGAGAGUCACACUGGAGAGGACUUGAACCACACCUCACUCUCCAUGUGCGUGCCAGAGGUCAGCUGCAAAAAGAGAAGAGGCAGUUUCCUACGUAAGAGCGCCAAGCUUUUCUUCCGGCGGCGACACCAGCGCAAGGACCCCGGGAUGAGCCAGUCGCACAAUGACUUGGUGUACCUGGAAUCCGCCGCAGUUGUAGAGCGCGCCAGCAAGACCGCCACGCUUAGCCGCAUGCUGAGCCGCAGGAGUAAGAGCAAAUCCAACGGUUCGACCUCCACUGGACAAGCAACCGAGUGACAACUUCAACAACCACCACCUCAAACACACACUUUUUCUUCUUCUAAAGGCUGACCUGCAUUCUAUAGACUCUGCAGGUGUGUGAGUGGGCUUUAUUUUUGCAUGUCUUCUCAAUGUGCUUUUAUCCAUCUUAUGAAAAAAUUCCUUGGUGGCCUUGAUACGGACUGAAGAGGCCAAUGUGGGCCUGCAUCUUCACCUUCCUGAUGCUGCGUGGAAAAAGGGUGACCCAUCCUUGCUGUGAUUCGUAGCUUUCCUGUGGUGAGUCAACAGGACCAAAGAUGCUAGUUGUGUGAUUUGCACAGUUCCAGUACCUUUUUCUAUUUCAGUGCAAUGGCAGAAACUGCUUGUGUGUCAGAGAGACUCCUGUGUUGUUCCAAAUAGUCACAAAGGGACAUAAUAUUUCAGUGCAAGUGAGAGUGAUAUGACUACUUCUGGACAUUAAUAGUAUGAAUUAUGGUAUUUAAACAACAGUGUCGAUUACAGUGUUUUAUUUUCUUCAAGUUGUAUUCCAAGAGGUGUGAGUGUGUUUGAUAAGCACACACAGUAAGAAUAUCAAGCAAACAGCCUUGCUGAUUGAGUGGUAAUGAAAUGUAAUAACAAGGUGAGUGGGAAUUAAGGUGAUCUCAAUUACAUAUCAACAUCAGUGUCAAAGAUAUGCAAGAUGAAAAGACACUGGAUAAUGUAAGACUUUAAACAAUUCUCAUGGAAUUGAAUCGAUCGCAACUGGACUGUCCAGGAAGAUGUGUGGCCUCUCAUCUGACAGGCUUCAUCCGUUCAUCAGCUUUAGCCUGAGGGCUUAGUGCAGGAUCCACAGUAUUUAUCCUCUAAGGCAGGGAUGUCCAAACAUUUUCCACUAAGGGCCGCAGACUGAAAAUUUAAAGCAUGCGGGAGGCCAAUUUUUUUUUUUUGUUUGUUUUUUUCAAAACCAGUACUGUACUAUAUAUAGAUAUGAUUUCUAGGAAAACCGCUUACAUGUUAGCUUUGUAUUAUUAGUGUCAACAUUGAAACGUGUUCCCGCUAAAAUACACCUGUUUGCUCUUUUAUUGCAAGUAUGUUUCUUUUGUUUCCUAAUAGCAUUUUUAGAAUUUUCCGGGGGCCACACUUUGGGCAUACCUUAACUAGAAUGGUUUCACUCUUUGGACGGUUGUUGGGCUGGAAUCUCCCUUGUCAGUAUUUCCUAAUAUGGGGAUUCAUAUGGCACAUAAAACAACACUACACGCACGGCGUGUUCCUUUUUUCUUUUUGCACUUUGGGUCUGGCAUUAAAUACAAAGCGCCACAACUCCCCUUUCUGAUUGGUCAUUUCAUGUCACAUGACAAAAUACACUAAUAUUGGCUUGUUUUGUCUAAAGACUGAUCUUCAGAAGAGUCACUUGGGAUUGGCUCUGACCAGGAGACACUCUGCGUUUAAAAUUACUAAUCGGAAAGGAGGGGAGUUGCCUGUCCCUAAGUACCAAAAAGGGUGAAACAGUAUGCAUGUGCACAAACACACAUUUCAUGGCUUUUAUGACACUGUUUUGAUGCCAUAGAUUCCAUCCAAACGAUUGUUGGCUGGCAAUUUUCACUCUAGUGUAUUGUUUCUUAACAUCUGUCGUUUUGCGCCACGAAAAAGUAAAAGCAUGCUUGUUGGGGCUUGUCUCAGAUCCCAUUGUACUGCGCCUUGUUUACAUUUUCUGUCAUGGCGUCCUACACUGGCGACCAGAAAGUAGAGCUGUUCUAGCCUCUACCUGCUCGUCGCACUAAAGAGACUGUCAGUGGUGUAUAAGGACAUUAAAUACCACAAGAGACGAGGAAAGGAAGUAUUCUCUGCAAGCUGUUCCCAGCAACUUUUUUGUGUGUGACACGAGUGUGCGAAGGAGAGGCCGCGCAGGCAGAAAACAUGAGCUCCUCACGACCAGGCCUGCCGGACGUCCGCCCUGAGUACGCUCAGACAUAUGCGGACAAAAAAGAGCUGGCAAAAUAUAAGAUUAAAACACCAGAUUUUAGGAAAAAAAACUCUUAAAAACUAGUGAAUUAUCUGUCCAUGCAGCUAGUUAAUUUUACUUGAUAAGACAUCCUAAAUUAAGAUUUAUAUAUUUAAGUUAAAGUUAAAGUACCAAUGAUUGUCACACACACACUAGGUGUGGUGAAAUUUGUCCUCUGCAUUUGACCCAUCCCCUUGUUCACCCCCUGGGAGGUGAGGGGAGCAGUGGGCAGCAGCGGUGCCGCGCCCGGGAAUCAUUUUUGGUGAUUUAACCCCCAAUUCCAACCCUUGAUGCUGAGUGCCAAGCAGGGAGGUAAUGGGUCCCAUUUUUAUAGUCUUUGGUAUGACUCGGCCGGGGUUUGAACUUAGAGAUAGGCUCCAGCGACCCCGAAAGGGACAAGCGGUAGAAAAUGGAUAGAUGGAUAUCUAGAAAUUAGCAGGACUUUUAAGAUGGAAAUAAGUUGGUUUUUUUUGUUGAAAACUAAUAUUAUUCAACUCGCAAUACUUAAAUUAAGCAUCCUCCGGAUGCUGUAGAAUCUUUAAACAAGAUGUAUUUGAUGUGUGGGAAACCAAAUGAUCUUAAUUUAAUUGUUAUUUUCUCAAUUUUAACAAUUUAAAACUAAAACAGACAAUCUAAUUAUUCAUGCUAAAAUUAAGAUUAUUAAGUCAAUGACUAAAAAUAAGUAAAUAGGUGUUAAAACUAGGGAAAUUGCUCGAAAUACAGUUGUAAGUCUAAGUCUAAAUCUUGGCAUAUGGCAAAAAAAAAUGUUUGUGUGCCUGUGUAUGUUUGGGUCUUUAGAACAGUGGUCCCCAAUCUUUUUUAGACCAAGAACCAGGUGGGAGGGGACUAAGAACAGUACGAAUAACAAUCAUAGGGGAAAACAAUUACAGCUUAUAAAUUGUAUCACACCAAAAUAAGAUCACCCUAAUGCAGAAUAAGCUCGCUGGCUGGCUUACUGUAACGGUGCGAUAGUGUGACAAAUGGGCUAAAAGAUGUAUUUGUGGCCUUUGAAUUGAACCAUGGGAGCACUGCCUGAUAGGAUAAAUACUGUGGAACCUGCACCUUUGGACUAGAGCUGUCCUAGUAUUUGAUUGACAAACUGAUGACGCCUGCUCCGAGACAACCUGAACAGUCCAGGUGUGAUGGAGUCAAUGACCUGAUCAAUGAGACACAAUGUGUGUGUUUGAAAACUGUAUGCAGCAUUUAUCCAAGUCUUCCUCAAAGAUGUUUAACAGACUAAAUCAACCAGCACAGUAAGUUGGUUUUGUUGUGUUUACUUUUUAAUCAUCUGAUUACUAGUCCUGUCUGUUGUUGUUAUCUUCAUGCGGUUUUAAACACGUUUAAAAAGAAAUCCGGAUAACGAUUGCAUCUUGAAGUAGCUUCAUUGUGCAGUAGCGAUACAUGACGAUGCAAAGCAGCAACAUGCAGCACUAAGAUUGCCUUACAGUCGUGCUAGCACACGUCUUGUAUUAUAGACUUGUUGUUUCUUCCCUCAGCUGCUUUGCUUCCAUGCACAAUGCCUCGUCUUAACGCCUACGCACAGAUGAAAAUUGCUACUCGAGACAAUUUGAUACUAGUACGAACAUUUUACAAGUGCAAAUCCAUGACAACACUCUUCUACUUACUUUAAGAAUUGUAGUAUCAUAUUUACAAUGCAGUUAAACUAAAAGGGCUACUGAGUUUUUUUUGUUGGCUUUUUUCUGCACCGAAACAGAUCAUCUGUACUGUUCCAGAAUUGACCUGCAGUUUUAACAGAUUCAACAAGUCAUUUCAUUUUCAUCAAUAAACUCUCAGACUGUGGCACGGAUUAUUUGUCUAGUUCUUAUAUUUAAAACUACACUUUAUCCAUCCAUCCAUUUUAUACCGCUUGUCCCUCUCAAGAUUGCACGGGGGCUGCAAAUUGGUAUGGGAAAUAUAUGGUAUGCCCUUUUUUUUGUCAUUGCACAAGUACAUUAGACAAACAAACACUGUACAGGGAGCAAAACAGGAACUGUGAACUGUAAAAGGUGGGAAAUAGGCAGACGCCAGGGGAGGAUGAGUAAAAAAAGUUGAUUUCAGACUGGGCUCCUAUUGGGCCAGUCUGGAGUGAGAAAAAAACUCCAUAGCAAAGCCCAUAUAAAUAAUACUCAAGACUUGCAAUAAAAGAGCUCAGCAUCGCAUUCACUUUUUACGUCGGAUGAAAAGAGCAUGGCUCCCUCCCCCCGUUCUCACCACAUUCUACAGAGGCACUAUAGAGAGCC